CGGUGAAGCGGACUGCGGAGGAAACGCGGCGAUACUUUAGAAAGUGUUUUAUCAGAAAAUAAAGAGACAGACAUCAUGGCGACUGACGUGGUGGACGACCAGGAGAUGCGCGAGGCUCAGAGGGACUACCUGGACUUUCUGGACGACGACCAAGAUCAGGGCAUCUACCAGAGCAAAGUGCGGGACAUGAUCAGUGAGAAUAAAGCCCGGCUCAUCGUCAACAUCAACGACCUGAGGAGGCGCAACGACGUCCGGGCUGCAAAGCUGAUGAACAAUGCCUUCGAGGAGCUGCUGGCCUUCCAGCGUGCCCUGAAGGAGCUGGUCGCCUCGGUGGACGCCACGUACGCCAAGCAGUACGAGGAGUUCUUCGUCGGGCUGGAGGGGAGCUUCGGAUCCAAGCACGUGUCCCCCCGGACCCUCACCUCCAGACUGCUGGGCAGCAUGGUGUGUGUGGAGGGCAUCAUCACUAAAUGCUCUCUGGUUCGGCCCAAAGUGGUGCGCAGCGUUCACUACUGUCCCGCCACCAAGAAGACCAUGGAGAGGAAAUACACGGACAUGACCUCGCUGGACGCCUUCCCCUCCACCGCCCUCUACCCCACCAAGGACGAGGAGAACAACCCUCUGGAGACGGAGUUCGGUCUGUCCACCUACAAGGACCACCAGACCAUCACGGUGCAGGAGAUGCCGGAGAAAGCCCCCGCCGGGCAGCUGCCCCGCUCCGUCGACAUCAUCCUGGACAACGACCUGGUGGACGUGGUCAAACCGGGGGACCGGGUGCAGGUGGUGGGGACGUACCGCUGCCUCCCCGGGAAGAAGGGGGGCUUCACCUCGGGGACGUUCAGGACCAUCAUGAUCGCCUGCAACGUCAAGCAGAUGAGCAAAGAGGUUUCGCCGCACUUCUCCGCCGGAGACGUGGCCAAGAUCAGGAACUUCAGCCAGAGCCGCUCCAUUGACGUGUUCGAUCAGCUGGCUCGCUCUCUGGCUCCCAGCAUCCACGGACACGAGUACAUCAAGAAGGCCAUCCUGUGCAUGCUGCUGGGCGGCGUGGAGAAGGUUCUGGAGAACGGCUCCCGGAUCCGAGGCGACAUCAACGUUCUGCUGAUCGGCGAUCCCUCGGUGGCCAAGUCUCAGCUGCUGCGUUACGUGCUGCACACGGCGCCCAGAGCCAUCCCCACCACGGGCCGCGGCUCGUCCGGGGUCGGCCUGACCGCGGCCGUCACCACCGACCAGGAGACGGGUGAGCGCCGCCUGGAGGCGGGCGCCAUGGUGCUGGCCGACCGCGGCGUGGUGUGCAUCGACGAGUUCGACAAGAUGUCCGACAUGGACCGCACGGCCAUCCACGAGGUGAUGGAGCAGGGCCGCGUCACCAUCGCCAAGGCCGGCAUCCACGCCCGCCUCAACGCCCGCUGCUCCGUGCUCGCCGCCGCCAACCCGGUGUACGGCAGGUACGACCAGUACAAGACCCCCAUGGAGAACAUCGGCCUGCAGGACUCGCUGCUGUCCCGCUUCGACCUGCUCUUCAUCAUGCUGGACCAGAUGGACCCGGAGCAGGACCGGGAGAUCUCCGACCACGUGCUCAGGAUGCACCGCUACCGCGACCCGCACGAGCAGGAGGGAGCAGCGAUGGCGCUGGGCGGGACCGUCGACGUUCUGGCCACCGAGGACCCCGACGCCGCGGUGGAGGAGCACGAGGAGCUGCAGGUCUACGAGAAACACAACAACCUGCUGCACGGCUCCAAGAGGAAGAGGGAUAAGGUCGUGAGCAAGGAGUUCAUGAGGAAGUACAUCCACAUCGCCAAGUCCGUCUCGCCCGUGCUCACCCAGGAGGCGGCCAAUCACAUCGCGGAGGAGUACUCCAGGCUGCGCAGCCAGGAGCAGCUGGGAGCGGACAUCGCCAGGACGUCUCCGGUGACGGCCCGGACCCUGGAGACGCUCAUCCGUCUCGCCACCGCGCACGCCAAGGCGCGCAUGAGCAAGGCGGUGGAGCUGGAGGACUCGGAGGUUGCCGUGGAGCUCGUCCAGUUCGCCUACUUCAAGAAGGUCCUGGAGAAGGUGAAGAAGCGAUCCCGGCAGGAGCGCGACGAGGGAUCAGAGGACGAGGAGCCGGAGGAGACGCAGCCCUCGCAGAAGACCCAGAGGAAGAGGGGGCGCCGUGGUUCUCAGAGCAGUGAGCCGUACAGCCCGUACGACUUCAGCGAGGAUCAGGAGGUUCCUGAGAUUCAAUCCGGAACGCCGAAACCGUCACAGCCGCCGCAGGAGGAGCCGAUGGACGCCACGCUGCAGGCCGAAGCAGCCCAGCUGUCCGCAGAGAGGCUGAAGGAGUUCAAGUCCUCGCUGUUCGCCGUCUUCCAGUCCGCCCACGCUCAGUCGGUGAAGAUGGCGGCCCUCGUGGAGGACGUCAACAGGGAGCGGCGGGAGCGCUUCUCGGAGGCCGAGGUCCGGGCCGCCCUGGCCCGCAUGCAGGACGACAACCAGGUGAUGGUGGCCGACGACAUCGUCUUCCUCAUCUGACGGCGCCGGCAGCGCCCGCCUUCCCGUCUCUCUCUGUUCCUCGGUGGUUUUUGCUUCAUCGUCUCUACAAACAAGAAGAGUCGACGUGCACUCGGUGUCUGCUGGGUUGUUUUCUAUAUAAAGAAUAGCAGAAAAUCUACCUUCGUGUCAACAUUUGUAAAUAGUUGUGACCUUGUUGUGAGUUAAAUUUAACUGUAUUCAAAAUAAAGUGUCCUGCUUGA